UUUAAAAGAUUUACUGAAAAGUGUAUGUUGUUGCUUUUUCAGCAAUGACUUGUCCUAGACCACCCAGCUAUGACAAUGCCACCCCUGUAGACCAGCCGAAGAACUCAUACAAGUCAGGAGACCAUGUGGCUUAUAGAUGUCAAGCACAUUACCAAAUGGAUGGACCCAAUGUUGUAGAGUGUAGGGACGGCAUUUGGAUAGGAACACCCACAUGCAAAGAUCUCUCCUGUGGCAGCCCUCCCACAGUGCAAAAUGCCUUUAUACCAAAACAGAAGCUUAGGUAUCGACAUGAGGAGACAGCACAUUAUGAAUGCAGGCACCCUUUUGGCCUCUUUGGGAAUGCAGUGGUGACCUGCUUCAGUGGGAAUUGGACAGACCCACCUGAGUGCAAGGAGUCCACAGGAAAAUGUGGGCGCCCUCCUGCUAUUGACAAUGGAGACAUUACCACGUAUCCAUCAUCAGUCUACGCUCCUGGGUCUUCAGUGGAGUAUCAAUGCCAGGCCUACUAUGAACUUGAGGGAAACAGGAGAAUAACGUGCCGUGAUGGACAGUGGUCUGAACCACCCAAAUGCUUAGGUAAGUCCUUUAAUGUCCUCGUGGACACUGGGAAAUCCGUGUAAUGAAUGUCAUGUUUG